AGUCUAUCCAGGCAACAGGCUUUUAACGAAGGCGGAGAAUGGCACGGAAAUAUUUAAAGAAAAAAAUAACAAAACUUCCAAAGUAACUGUAAUAGGAAUACUGAAAAUACACUACCACUUGAACUUGUCAUCUAAAUGUUUUAAUCAGUUUUUGGUAAAGAAAACCGUCGAUAUUCGUGAUCUCUGUCUUCCGAUGUUCACUAAAAAACACUCGCUUAAGGAAAGUUUAGGAAGGCCUCAGACUUCACACCGUUUGGCACUUUGUAUUUUACUGAAGACGGAUUGUUUGCCUAACAUCUGCCUUAUAUAAUUUUUCGCUUUAAUAAAGAAUAAGACAAGACAACGGUUGGUCACAAAUAAUAGUAUUACAGUUGAAUGACUGAAGCUUUCUAACUGGACGAAACUCGCGGUGGAAAAACAAUCUGCGGCACGACGCGACAAUGAUGCCGAUGUUCCUGACUGUGUAUCUCAGUAACAAUGAGCAGCAUUUUACAGAGGUGCCCAUUAUACCUGAGACGCUGUGUUGUGAUGUGGUUGAGCUUUGCAAGGAACCGGGUGAGAUCAGCUGCCACCUGGCUGAAGUGUGGAGAGGCUCAGAGCGUGUGCUAGGCGAGAGCGAAAAGAUGAUGGAUCUGUUGCUGCAGUGGGGGCAGGAGAGGUCUGAGGUUCGAUUCUUUCUACGACAUGGCCAAGCACCCAGCCCCCCGUCAGACUCCAGGAGUUCAAAUCAGAAGAGGAAUGAUGUGAAGAGACCCACAGACAGACGGACAGAGAAUGGGGUGAACAGCAUGUGGAUGAGCAUGACUUUAGUAGAGUUGCAGGAGAUGGCCACUAGACAACAACAGCAGAUUGAUGCCCAGCAACAGCUCCUGGCCUCUAAGGUACAGGAGCAGCGUUUGCAUUUCCUGAAGCAGCAGGAGCACAGGCAGCAGCAGGCGUCCUCUGAACAGGAGACUCUUAAGCAUCUGAGGGAAACUGUGGAGAAACAGGAAGCACAGCUGAAGAAAGUCAGAGCACUGAAGGGACAGGUCGAACACAAACGCCUCAGCAAUGGAAAACUGGUGGAGGAGAUUGACCAGAUGAACAGUCUACUUUUGCUGAAGCAGAAAGAGUUGGUAGUAGCUGUGUCCAAAGUGGAAGAACUAAGCAAACAGCUGGAGACACUGAAAAAUGGCCGGAUGGACAAGCUUCACAAUAACCGCAACUCCGUGGCCGAGCUGGACCGCCUCUACAGGGAACUACAGUUGAGGAACAAUAUGAACCAGGAACAGAAUUCUAAACUCCAGCUACAGAGAGAAAACCUGAACGAGAGAAACCAGGAGGUGGCUGCCAUGGACAAACGAGUAAAUGAACUGCGAGAUCGCUUGUGGAAGAAGAAAGCUGCCAUACAGCAGAAAGAGAACCUUCCUGUGCCUGUAGAUGGUCUAACCUCUCAACAGACUGGACCGUCUCGUGUGGCUGCAGUUGGUCCUUAUAUCCAGUCGUCUACAGUGCCCAGGGGCCCAAUCAAACAGGACCUGUUUAUUAAACCCACUUACCCAGAUGGCACAGCAACUGUACUACAUCAGGACAGGAGCACUCAUUCUGGGACAGCAGGUCUGCAGUCAAACAAGAUGUCUUCAAAGUUUUCAAACUGGAGUUCAUCCACUACAAAGCCCGGCAACAACAACGGCUCAUCCACUCUCCCACCCAUGGCGAACCAGGCAUCUGAAGACCAAGAUGACCCAGAUGUGCUGAAACGUGACCGCAGGGUGAGGCCAGCCUCCAUGUUUGGGUCCAUUGAGCCUCCUGCAGCUUCUUUACGCAAAAACCAGAGCAGCGAAGACCUUAUGAGAGAUGCUCAGAGUGCUGUCAAGAACACAAUCAAAGUUCCACCUCCAGUACCGAGUAAACCGAAACAGGCCAACCUGCCCUCUGGUGGCCAAAUAGGGUACACCAAGAUGGCCGUCAGUUCCGGUACCUUCCCUAGGAAGAGUAUGUCAUCCACUCAGCAGCCACCCGGUGGCUGCCGUUCCGGCCUGGGGAAUACUCUGCCCCUUCCCUCCAAACAAGAGGCUCCCCCAGCAGCUACAGUACACCCCUUCAGCCCCGAGGGGCAUGGAGCAAAAGAUUCAGGUGGACAAAUCUUACAUAAGCCCCAGACGCUGGCUACCAGCUCCAUCUAUUCCAUGUACACACAGCAGCCCACAACUGGCAAAACACAGCCACAGGGCGUGCAGGGUGCACUGAGCCGAGCCCAGAACCACAGCAACUUCACCAGCGUUUAUGGGAAGCCAGUGAUCCCCACAGGUCAUCAGUCUCAAAACCAGCACCCUGAGAACCCAUACCUGGACCCGCUCAGUGGUUCUGAAACAGAGAUGGAUCAUAAUACUGGAGGCUCUUCUUCAGAGAACCAAGAGACAGAGCGUAUUCCCAGACCUCUCAGUCCCACCAAACUGCUUCCCUUCAUCUCGAACCCCUACCGCCAUCAGAGUGACUUCGACUUAGAAGCUCUCAGGAAGAAACUCUACAACGCGCCACGGCCCCUCAAGAAACGCAGCUCCAUCACAGAGCCUGAGGGCCCAGGUGGCCCUAAUAUCCAGAAACUCUUGUACCAGAAGACCACUCUGGCCGCCAUGGAGACUGCAGUGAGUCCUCCUGGAGAAGAGGAGAAGGUUAAUACAACUGAACCUCAGAGAUCUGAUGAAACUUCUCCAGAUCUGCCACUCCCUGAGCCUCCAAUGUCCAUAGCUACACCAGAAACUGAAAUAGAAGAUAUCCUCCCUCCACCACCUCCACACCCAGCCCCACAGCCUGAUACUUCACUGGUACCGCCACCUCCCCAGCCAACAAGCCCUCCUCCUCUACCACCUCCAGAGAGCUUCAUGGAGGAGUUUCCUCCAUAUCCUCCACCUCCUUAUCCCAGUGGUGCUGAGCAGGAUUCUCCAGAAGACACUUUCUGCAUGAUGCCACCAGAGGUCACUGGCCAGGUUCCCUUGCCCCCUGGUAAGAGGACAAAUCUGCGUAAAGCUGGAUCUGAGCGCAUUGACCACAACAUGAGAGUGCGAUUUAAUCCUCUGGCACUGUUACUGGACUCAUCUCUGGAGGGAGAGUUUGAUCUGGUGCAAAGGGUCAUAUAUGAGGUUGAAGAUCCGAGUGAGCCUAAUGAUGAGGGAAUCACUGCCCUUCAUAAUGCAGUCUGUGCUGGUCAUACAGAGAUUGUUAAAUUCCUGGUUCAGUUUGGAGUCAAUGUUAAUGCUGCUGACAGCGACGGGUGGACUCCUCUGCACUGUGCUGCCUCCUGUAAUAAUGUGCAGGUGUGUAAGUUCCUGGUGGAGUCUGGGGCAGCGGUGUUUGCUAUGACCUACAGUGACUUGCAGACUGCAGCUGAUAAGUGUGAGGAGAUGGAAGAAGGCUACACCCACUGCUCUCAGUUCCUCUAUGGUGUGCAGGAGAAGAUGGGCAUUAUGAAUAGAGGGGUAGUGUACGGACUGUGGGACUUCGAGAGCGAACAGGGCGAUGAGCUGCUAUUCAGUGAGGGCGACUGCAUGACUAUACUCCGCAGGGAGGAUGAGGAAGAGACUGAGUGGUGGUGGGCACGCACAGGUGACAGGGAGGGCUAUGUACCCAGAAACCUGCUGGGGUUGUAUCCAAGAAUUAAACCUCGCCAAAGAAGUCUGGCUUAAAUCCAGUGAGGUGAACAAAGACUGCCAUCCUGAUGGAUCAAAAGAGAGAGGACAACCACAAAGGAUAGUCAAAUGAUGUACACCACAAAUGAACUUGAUCAUGGAGAAGUUUUUAGGACCAUUGACAUAUUUUGUCUAAUUUGAAAUAGUUUUUGUAAACUAUUAAGACCUUUUACCUUUUUAUGCAGUUUUUUUUUUUUCAAUAACUGUUGAUGUUACGGUGAUGGUCACUCUGGUGUCUGGUUUGUUUUCACAAUAGAAUACAAUUAGAUUAUUAUAAUUUACAAUAUGUUCUAAUAUAAAGACUUUUUCACAAAAGCUUUUGGUACAUUUUUCAUUUUUACAGGUUGUUUUUAUAUAUAUUUUAUAACUCUGCCUGUGCUAUUCAGUGAUUUAUUUCACACAUUGUGCUGAAGACAUGAACAUUAUUUUAAUGAUUUUGGUCAUGUGCACAAUGUAAAGUUUACCAACUGAAAUUAAAUGGCUUGUUUAUGGGCCAUUGAACUAAAUUUGCUGGACAUCUGUGCAUGCCUGUUAGAAUAAGGGGAAUUUCUUGCCAAUUACUUUAAAAGCCAAUGAUUCAAGAUAUUGAAAAGUGGGCUGGAAGUCUUUGAAUCAAGACCCAUGUAGUUCUGCUGGUGUAACAGUACAAUGCUAACUUUAUUUUUCAUUAUCUGAAGUGCCGGUACUUUUUUGACAGUCUAUUUUUAAGGCUGUGUUCUAAUUAAGAAUCAUUUACUGGUUUCAGAGAAUUGCAAAAGCCUCAGUUUCUGCCCAGUCAUGUGCUUCACUUCACAUGUCAGAAUGUGCGAAUGCAGACUUGAUGAAUUAAUGGAUGUUUGCAAACAUUUGCAAACAUUUUAACAUUACAUUUUAUAUAUAUCCUGUCAUACAAGUAGAAUAAAUAACACAAAAUAAUUACAGCAGUAAAAAGUUGCCACAUACAAUUCUGUUUAUACAGUAUAUGUACAUUAUUUUAUUAUCACAUUAAAUCAUGUUGACACUUUGAUAUGUGAAUGAUAUUAUCAGUGGGUGAAAAUUAAGACUUAACUAUGCUUUAUCUGUCCACAUCAAAUUUAAACUACAUAAAUUGGGCGUGUGGGUGCUUCAUGCACCCUCGGGUUUAUGCCUGAUUUACGUUUUACUAACCACCAGAUGAUGUUCAAUACUCCUGAUGCUUUAAAUCUUUUCUCGGCACAAUCGGGAAAGCUUCAGAGCCCAUUCCUAGUACACAUUAUACCCACAAUUUUUAAAAACAUUAAAGUUUAAAAAGUAGCUAACUGUUUCCAGCUAAAAAACACCAACCAGAGUUAUUUAGCCCAAGACAUAGCACUUGGUAGAAAUUGGAACACCCAAUGGUGCAUGUGGAAAAGGAAGUCCUGUCUUACAGGUAUAAGAACCAAUCACUUUUUACAUAGAGACAUCGCCUGUCAGUCAUGCGCAUUAACUGGACCAGCCUGAAAAAUGGCAUUGUUAUCAUUGUUGUCAUGCACAUUAGCUGGACCAGCUUGAAAAAUACAAUUGUUUCCAUUGUUGUCAGAUUUUUUUUUUUUUUAUAAAUACAACCCCAAGUUGGAACAGAAUGUAAAGUGCCAAUAAAAGCAAAAAGGAGUAA